AUGAAUCAUGAUGAUGACAAUGAUUCCAAGGGUAUAUAUAGUAGUAUUAAACCCACCGUUAAUAAAGUUGGUUGUACUUCUGAGAAGUUUCCUUGGUUUGGUAAUGAUUUAAAUUGGAUUAAAGGUGUAUGUAGGCAACAAAUCUUUGAAAAAAAGAUCGUGGAUUAUGAACAUUUUAUUUCUGAAAGGGUUGAAGUUUAUAAACUUUUUCAUAAAAGCAAUGAUCACGUUCUUUAUGAAACUUUCUAUGAUGAUUCAAUAGCUGAUGAUUAUGAUUUUACUACUGAAAUAAUUAGUGAAGAUGAAAGGCCUAGAUCCCAAUAA